UAGUCCUCUUGUUAACGAUACCAAAGUUUAUCUAUUUAUGCAAGUAGUUAAGUAAAAAUUAAAAUUAUUUUCAUAUGUAUCGACGACUAUACAUACUGAUGUGAUGUAAGAACGAUUAAGCGGUUGAAAUAAUGGAUUAUGAAACCGCCGGAGCAGCAGCUUGUGUAACCUGACAACUCGCCAUUCCUCAGUUCAUUCGUUUUCCUACUUCGUGACGGAUUUGGUGAAAGAGAAUGUCGGCAGGUGAAGAAAUGAAGCCAGUGUCUGAGGUGCGAGAGCUGCUGAGAGAGCUGAUGCUGGGGCGCGAGGAUCCGGAUGGGUUUUUCUGUAUGUGUUUGUCUUUGCUGGGAGACACAGACACCCGAAGACACUUUCUGGACCUGAUCAAACCCCUUUCAUCCGAUUAUGAACAUCUGCACAGUCAACUGACCACAGUUUUUCUAGAGUACUUUUCUAAGGAUGAAGCAGAUGAAUUAGAGCUGGCUUUAACACUCUCUCUAUAUGAAACCAAACAAAUUGAACCAGAAGACAGGCUGCAGAACUCCGAUCAUCAGCAUCAUGUGCCUCGGUGUUACAAAACCUACACUGACGUACAGGCAAAAAGCUCAGAUGCUGAUGAAUCUGUGGUACCAGAGAACCAGCCUAUUGCGAAAUGUACACUAGAUACUGAAGUACAUAAAACCAGAAAUGCAAUAAAACACAUAAAUGAAGACAAGGUCUCAAAGUCACUAAAGCGUCGCCUGCGUAAGAAGCAGCAUUUGCUGAAGAACCCGUCAAGACCACAACCGGUUCUGCUGUGGUUCAGAAGGGAUCUCCGCAUGUGGGACAACCCUGCUCUGAUUGGCUGCCUGGAGCUCGGUGCACCUGUCAUACCUGUCUUUCUGUGGAAUGCAGUGGAGGAGGAGGGUCCUGGGGUUACUGCUGCAACCGGUGGGGCGUCUAAAUACUGGCUGCACCAGGCACUAGUGAGCCUGAAGCGCUCUCUGGAGGAGUGUGGAAGUCAUUUGGUGACCCUGAAGGCAGAGCCCUCAUCUUUGAUUGCGCUGCAGGGGUUAAUGGAUGAAACAGGAGCAGCUUCAGUUGUAGCAACGGCACUGUAUGAGCCCUGGCUGAAGGAGAGAGAUGAUGCAUUGUGGGAAACGUUGGAGAAACGAGGUGUUACGUGCCAUAUAUACCACUCGUAUUGCCUUAGAGAUCCCUACACGGUCAGCACACGAGGUGUUGGACUUCGAGGUAUCGGCUCAGUGUCUCACUUCAUGAGCUGCUGUCAGCAAAACCCUGCCGGUGGGCUUGGGUCUCCACUGGAUGCCCCCACUGCCCUGCCCUCUCCCUCAGCAUGGCCACAGGAAUGCCCGCUUGAUGAUCUGGAACUGGCACGCAUGCCACGCAGAAAAGAUGGCACAGAGAUUGACUGGGCUGUGGACAUCCGAAAAACAUGGGACUUCAGUGAGGAUGGAGCUCACACACAUCUUGAAGCUUUCCUACGAGAUGGUGUGUACCGUUAUGAAAAGGAGUCAUGUCGUGCAGAUGCCCCCAACACCAGCUCCAUAUCGCCAUACCUGCACUUCGGUCAGCUGAGUGCACGGCAGGUCUUAUGGGCCGCUCGAGGAGCUCGCUGCAAAUCUCCCAAAUUCCAGCGCAAACUGGCCUGGAGAGAUCUAGCGUACUGGCAGAUCAGCCUUUUCCCAGAGCUGCCCUGGGAAUCCCUCAGGCCACCGUACAAGGCUCUGCGUUGGAGUUCAGACCGUGUCCAUCUGAAGGCAUGGCAGCGUGGACACACAGGAUAUCCGCUGGUGGAUGCAGCAAUGAGACAGCUUUGGCAGACUGGAUGGAUGAACAACUACAUGAGGCAUGUCGUGGCCUCUUUCCUCAUUGCCUAUCUGCAUUUUCCCUGGCAGGAAGGAUACCGCUGGUUUCAGGACACGCUGGUCGACGCUGAUGUCGCCAUAGAUGCCAUGAUGUGGCAGAAUGGAGGAAUGUGUGGUCUAGAUCACUGGAACUUUGUCAUGCACCCGGUUGAUGCAGCGCUGACCUGUGACCCCUGUGGCACCUUUGUGCGUCAGUGGUGUCCUGAACUGAAGGCUCUUCCUGAUGACCUCAUCCAUAAGCCCUGGAAGUGCCCAGCGUCAAUGCUGCGUAGAGCAGGUGUAGUUUUAGGUGGCAGCUACCCCGAGCGCAUCAUUAUUGACCUUGAGGAGCGACGUGCACAGUCUCUGCAGGACGUUGCAUUGGUGCGGAGGCACUUUAGGCAUUUUGUCGACCAGCGAUCCGGCUGUGAUCUGGUACCUGUUCCUUCCAGAUUGGUGCAGGACGCUUUAGGCAGUAUGGAGGAUGUUGUGAAGCAUGAAAAAAACGGCUUCCUCCUUCCAGUCAUCACCCGAAUGGAGUUUAAAUACCAGUCUGAGGAUCCAGACAGGCAGGAUAACCCGUACAGUGCUGUGCUGAAGGGCUACGUCAGUCGCAAACGGGACGAAACCGUCACCUUCCUAAAUGAGCGAGACUUCACAGCCAGCGUGAUGUGUGAGAGCGCACAGCGUAGAGAGAGGUUAGAGAGGGACGGCUGCCUUCUGGAGGGAUUACCUCGGCCCACCGCCUCACGUGGAGGAGCCAGGAGAACUCAAACCAGAGACCCGUACAGCAAAGUGCCUGGAGGUGUCGCCGUUCCACGCAAAUAAUACGCUGACUAUUUAGUGGGAUAGUUCACCCAAAACUGAAAAUUCUGUCAUCAUUUACUUAGUCUUAGCCUCAGACGUCACGCCAAGCACCACCCACAGAUCUGCGGCUAAAUGUCUGAUGCACAUGGCACACUUUUCUGGAAACAAUUUAACAGUCGUUCACUGAGUGCUUUAAAUAUACAGGAUUUUUAGGAGUCUUAAUCUCAAUCAGCUCGCCUCAAAACUAGUCUGAGCGGUAAAAAAACUGCGAUUGUCUUGAAUCUGUGAUUUUUCUGCCUGCACACCCAUCUGUAAAGCUAUGGUCACACUGGGCUUUGUGUGUGCGAAAUUUUGUCAUAUGGUGCUGCGAAAAGGGGCGGGAUUAAACUAGAUAAUUAGACAUUUAAAAAAGCCAGCGAUUGCUCAAUAUUUUAAAUUUCUGUCCAGAGAGGUCAUGUUUUAAUCCUCAAUUGGUCUCACGCAGUCAAGUGAUGCGAUUUCUAGAAACUUCUUGGCAGGUGUGUUGAAGCAAGUCGGAGCCAAACCAGGACUAAAUUUGGACACCUGAUUUAAACGCUGGAUUAUUUAAAGCAGGGGUUUCAAACUCACCUGAAUGAACACACCUGAACCAAUUAAGACCUAAAGCUGCGGUCACGCUGGACUUUUCUCCCCAUAGAUUUCCAUUCAUACGCACGCGAAUGCGUCAGACCGGAAACGCAAGGCCAUGCGUCAAGUUUUGCAGGUCGCUGCCGUGCAAAGUUCAAGCUUGGUGAACUCUGACCUGCGAAAUCGCAUCACUUGACUGUGUGACCAAUCGAGGAUCAAAACAUGACCUCUCUGGACUGAGUUUUAAAACAUGGACCAAUCGCUCGCUUUUUUAAUGUCUAAUAAUCUUGUUUAAUUUCCCUUUUCGCAUCGCCGCACGACAGAAUUUCGCAUCAUCAAACUCUACUGUGACCGCAGGUGUGUUUGAUAAGGGUCGAAAACUGAAUUCUGCAGGAAAGUAAAUCUCCAAGAACAGGGUUGGUCACCUCUGUUAUAGAGUGUACUAUUACUUUGAGAUCGUCACCUAGUGCAGUGUUUCCCAACCCUGAUUUUGGAGGCACACCAACAGUUCAUAUUUUAGAUGUCUCCCUUGUCUGAACCAUACGUUUCAGGUUUUGGAAUCUCUUCUAAUGUUCUGAUGAGUUGACUCUGUUUUGAUUGGGGAGAGGCUGAACUGUGUACUGUUGGUGUGCCUUCAGGAACAGGGUAGGUAAACACUGCCCUAGUGAAAACGAAAAAAUCCAAUUAAUGUUAUUUUGAAGUGGGACACAAUAUCUAGAAAUCAGAAUAACAUAUUAGCUGGUUUGAUUUCAUAUUGACAAAAUUACAGUAGGAGCAAAUUUUUCUGUGGUGUUGGAAACUUGUAUUUUAACAUACACUCAUCGGCCACUUUAUUAGGUACACCUGUCCAACUGCUCGUUAACGCAGAUUUCUAAUCAGCCAAUCACAUGACAGCAACUCAAUGUAUUUCAGGCAUGUAGACAUGGUCAAGACGAUCUGCUGCAAUUCAAACUGAGCAUCAGAAUGAGGAAGAAAGGGGAUUUAAGUGAUUUUAAAUGUGGCAUGGUUGUUGGUGCCAGAUGGGCUGGUCUGAGUAUUUCAGAAACUGCUGAUCUACUGGGAUUUUCACGCACAACCAUCUCUACGCUUUACAAAGAAUGGUCCAAAAAAGAUUAAAUAUCCAGAGAGCGGCAGUUCUGUGGGUGCAAAUGCCUUGUUGUUGCCAGAGGUCAGAGAAGAAUUGGUUCCAGCUGAUAGAAAGGCAACAGUAACUCAAAUAACCACUCGUUACAACGGAGGUCUGCAGAAGAGCAUCUCUGAAUGCACAACAUGUCCUACCUUGAGGCGGAUGGGCUACAGCAGCAGAAGACCACACCAGGUAACACUCUUGUCAGCUCAGAACAGGAAAUUGAGGCUACAAUUGACACAGGCUCACCAAAAUUGGACAAUAGAAGAUUGGAAAAUGUUGCCUGGUCUGAUGAGUCUCUGUUUCUGCUGUGACAUUCUGACAGUAGGGUCACAACUUGGCAUCAAUAACAUGAAAGCAUGGAUCCAUCCUACUUUGUAUCAACGGUUCAGGGUGGUGGUGUAACGCUGUGGGGAAAUAUACUUGGCACACUUUGGA